UCAGCGUCGAAAGCAUCACCGCCGUACGUUACUUCCGGGUUGCCUCGCCAUUUGCCAACCUCCCCGGUCUCAUCGACGCCGUGCUCAUUCCAGUCUUUUCUCCAGACCUUGAUUGGUCCGCUGUGCUUUCUACAGGCCUACCUGACUCUCCGCAGCCGGCCGGCGCAGUAUCCGCUGACGCUGAUCAUCAGCGUGCUGCACAUCUUCUCGUGCACGCUCUACUAUGCCACGACCUUUUUCGAGGGCCAUGGCCAGGCCCCGCACUGCAAGCCUGGCUGGCUGUACUUGGGCUUUUACUUUUUGUUCCUCAACGCCUUCUGGAUCCUGAUUCCGGCUUUCUUGAUCCGCCAAGAUGUCGGGCGGAUCAUGCGAGCGCUCCGGGCUGUUGAAUGAAGAAGCAGUCGAGUGCGCGGACACCCAUUCGCUGCGAUAGGAUCGGAUGGAGGCGUCCGACCCGACAAGGCGACCACUGUUCGCCAUCUGUGCGAUGGGUUGGUCUGUCGCCGACGCCAGAGACGGACGACAAGCGCUGGAUUCUGCCGACUCGGCAAUCGUAUGUCAGACCGGGCCGGUCCUGACAACCGCGAGCAAUCUCAACGGCAAUAGAUCCAAGUGCAUGCUCAUGCCGAGCUGGCGUGGCGAUCGGGGUUGGUGGGAGAAUCACUGUCGGAUACAACGAAAGCGACAUGUCUGCGAUGUCCAUGUCGUGGAUGUGAAACGGAUACAGGUGUAUAGAUGCGGGUGUGCUGGUCGGGCAUCAACCUCCGCAUGGAAUCGUGCGCCGCUGGGAACAGCCGGCCAUUCAUUCAUUCCAUAACUCCAACUCGACCACCCCAUGAUUCCAGCUCGACAGCCCAUGAUUCCAGCUCGAUAGCCCAUGAUUUCGACCCCGGUCGGUUUCGCCAUCGGCACCACCGGCGCAUCGGUCCAUUCGGCCGUUCGCUCUGCCC